AUGAUCGAUGAUAAAGCCAUUGGAAAACUUAACAGCAUAUUAAAAUGCAACCAAAAAAAGCAACAAAAAAGUGGAAAGAAAAAUAGCACAUCACAUAGGAUAGAAAAUGAAAAAUACUUUUCCCGAGCAUAUUUGAUAGGAGAAAAAUAUAUUAAAAAAAUAAUAAAUGAAUAUAGAGACGAUUUAACGCAUAUUAUUGACACUUCAAGUGAUAAAAAUACUAAGGAAAAAUUAAAACGUCUUCAAAAUAAAAACCAAAAUAACGAUAUUGAAUUUACACAUUUAAAUAACUUUGAAAUAGAUCAUCGGUUAUGCAAAAUUAAAGGAAAAAACAUAUAUGAAGGAACAGCAGGAAAAAUUAAUGAAGUAAUAAUUGAGACAUUAAAUAAAUCAGGACAAUGUGUAUAUGUUGAAAAUUCCAUAUUUGAAGCAUAUAUAAAAAAAAAAAAAUAUGUAGAUAAGUUAAACUAUAUAAGGGAAUAUCCAAAGGAAGAAAAUGGAUAUGACACGUUCAUACAUAAUAAUUUAUAUAAUGAACAUUUAUACAAAAAACACGAAUCGUUAAUAAAUUGUGAUUACAAUAGAUAUAAUGUUAAUUCUAUAUUUUCAAAUUACAAGAAUAUAAAAAAAAAGGAACUAAAUAGUGAUGAUAACACCAUCUUUGGUGAGAAUAAUGAAUAUAAUUAUCGAUCUAAAAGUUGUGAAAGAAAAAAAAAUCAAUUGAAUAACAAUUAUGCCUAUAAAACAAAUAUUAAUAAAUCAAAAAAAAAAAGUAAAAACAAUUGUGAUGAAAAUAGUCACUAUAAUGAAACUAUAAAGAAUGCUUAUAUUUUUGAUCCUUUUGAAUAUGAUGAUCAAAAUAUAAAACUAACAACAAACUCAAUCAAAUGCAAUGUACGUGAUUUAAAAAAUGGUACGUAUGUAAUAUCUUAUACUAUUAGAAAAAGUGGCCAAUAUUAUCUAUCCAUAUUUUAUAAAAAAAAACCUAUAGCAAAUACUCCUUACAAUAUUACCAUCAAACCAUCGACAUCAUAUCCUCCAAAUUGUAUAGUAUAUAAAUAUAUAAACCACAGAAUAAUUAUUCCUGUUAAUAAAACAAACAAACAUAAAACAAGCGAAAAUUACGGCUUGUUAUAUCCAGAUUAUGAAACUAGUUUACAUGAUCAUUCAGUUGAAUUUGAACACAAUUGGAAAACAAGUAAUGAGAAAAAUUAUAUAGAAAAUAUUGAGAAAAAAAGCUUAUUUCAUCAAACAAUUGAAACUCAAUCAAAUACUUCUAAUAGUUACAGUAAUAAUGAAAAUGAUAUAUUACAUGGCUCAUCACAUAGUGAGGGGUGCAAUUAUGGAUACAACGAGGAUUCAAAUGAUUAUAAAAAUAUGCAUGUGUUAAAAUUUGACGAUGAAGAAGAUAACGAAGAAAAUAAAAAAUUCAACAACUUCUUUAUUCAAUGUUACGAUGCAUAUAAAAAUAAAAUAAAAGGCGGAAACGAAACAUUUGAAGUAACAGGAUUGGGUGAUGUCAAAAUCACAAAGAUAAAUAACUUACAAAAUGGAAUAUACGAAGUUAUAUAUAAAUAUGUAAAAAAAAAUUAUCAAAAUUAUAGCGAGGACGAUUUUGUUUCACCAUCCAACUAUAACACUUAUAGAGAAAUAAAAGUAAAGCUAAAUGGAUGUCAUGUCAAAGGGUCACCAUUUCAAAUAAUUUUAAAAAAUGAUAAAAAAUAUGAAUAUUUAAAUAAAAUAAGAAAUUUAUUGCCUAUUAACAAUAUUAAUGUGUUUAAUCCUAUUGGUAGUUUAAAUAACAUAAUUAAUUCAUAUAAAUAUAUAAAAACGAAUUAUUUAACAAAUGAGGAUGGAAAUAUAUUUAUGAAUAUAAAUCCAUAUUACAAAAAUAAAGAACUUGAUAAAAUUUUGAAAAAGGUUGAUGCUAAUCUUAUAUCUAUUAUGUCUAUACCUAUGAAAGAACAAUUAUUUAAUUAUAUACGACAUAUUAAUCGUGAUAAACAUAUAAUGAAAUUAAAAAGUAUAUUAUUUAAAGAAUUAAUUAGUUCUCUUUAUAAAAUUAUUAACUGUUCAGAACAAAUUUAUCAGGGAUUAGAAGAGGAUGAACAAUGUUUAGUCAAACUUCGCCAAAUACAAAAUGAUACUAUUAGUGAUGUAAACACUAUGUACCAAUCUUUGAAAGAUAAAAAUGUACAUACAUUACCAUUUGAUUUUUCAAUUAAUGAUAUGAAAUUAUACGAACAAAAAUUAAAAGAAACAAAAAAAAAACUAUUAGAAAAGCAAAAAGAACUAAUAAAUAAAUAUACAAACAUCAAAAACAAAGAACACCAAUUCUAUAAAGACAGAGAAGAUAUAACUAAACAACUGGUUGAUAAAUAUGAACUACAUCAAGCUAUGUAUGAUCAAUCAAAAAGUGCUUUAAUGCAAACACAUGCUAAUUUGAAAAAAAAAACUCUAACAAGUAUUAACCAAGCAUACAAACGAGAAAAAAAAAUGAUUAUGUUUAAGGGGACGAAUAAUUUAGAUGGAAUUUAA